CUAAGAUACUACUUUCUUUCUCUUUGCCUGUUUUCUAGAGGGAUAGCAAAGGACAUGAGAAAUGGCACAUUGGUCACAGAGUUUAUUCUCCUAGGCUUUCCAGACAUCCAUGGACUGCAGGUUCCCCUCUUCAUAGUGAUCUUCCUGAUCUAUAUUUUAACCAUUUUUGGAAAUGGACUUAUCAUUGCUAUUGUCUGGGCUGAGCCAAGACUACAAACCCCUAUGUACUUCUUCCUUAGCAACCUGUCCUUCUUGGAGAUUUGGUAUACCACCACUGUCAUUCCCAAGCUGCUGGAAACUUUUGUGGUGGCAAGGACAAUCAUCUGUGUUCCCUGCUGCCUGCUACAAUCCUUCUUCCACUUCUUUUUGGGCACAACUGAGUUUUUCAUCCUCACAGUCAUGUCUUUUGAUCGUUACCUGGCCAUCUGCAAGCCCCUCCACUACUCUACUCUCAUGACCAGCUCCCUCUGCCUCCAGCUAGCCCUCAGUUCUUGGAUGAUAGGAUUCACCAUUGUCUUCUGUCAGACAGUUCUGAUUUUUCAGUUACCUUUCUGUGGCAACAACACCAUCAACCACUUCUACUGUGACGUUGGCCCCAUCCUGAAAAUGGCCUGUGCAGAUACCAGCCUACUAGAGUUUCUGGGUCUUCUAGCAACUAGCCUGAUCAUACCAGGGUCACUUGUCUUCACAGUAGUUUCUUAUAUUUAUAUAGUGUCCACUAUCCUGAAGAUCCCCUCAGCCACAGGUCGCCAGAAGGCAUUCUCUACCUGUGCUUCUCACCUAACUGUUGUUUCUCUGCUGUAUGGAGCAGUUCUGUUCAUGUACCUGAGACCCACAGCACAUUCCUCAUUCAAGAUAAACAAGGUGGUAUCUGUGCUCAACACUAUCCUCACCCCACUUUUGAAUCCGUUCAUUUAUACUAUUAGAAAUAAGGAGGUAAAAGGAGCACUGUGGAAGGCAAUGGCAUGUCAAAAAGCCAGUUACCAUGGGUGA